AGUAGUGAUGGCCACCCAGGUAAUGGGGCAGUCUUCUGGAGGAGGAGGGUUGUUCGCCGGCACUGGCAACAUCGGCAUGACCUUGCCAAACGACAUGUAUGACUUACACGACCUCUCCAAAGCUGAACUGGCAGCGCCGCAGCUCAUCAUGUUGGCAAAUGUGGCUCUGACCGGGGAAGUCAAUGGUAGCUGCUGUGAUUACCUGGUUGGCGAAGAAAGACAGAUGGCUGAAUUGAUGCCUGUUGGGGAUAACAACUUCUCAGACAGUGAUGGGGAAGGACUUGAGGAGUCUACUGAAAUAAAAGGUGAACCCAGCGGACUGGGCAGUGUGGAACUUCAAACUUUGGAACUCAGUGUGGUAGAGCCACAGCCUGUGUUUGAGACCUCAGCAGCCCCAGAAGUCUACAAUGCAAGUAAAGAAGUUCCCCCAGAAACACCUGGAGCAGAAGACAAGGGCAAGAACCUGAAGACCAAACCCUUCCGUUGUAAGCCUUGCCAGUAUGAAGCUGAGUCUGAAGAACAGUUCGUGCAUCACAUCAGAGUUCAUAGUGCCAAGAAGUUUUUUGUGGAAGAAAGUGCAGAGAAGCAGGCGAAAUUGAGGGAAUCUGGUGCUGCGACCACUGUGGAAGAGGGCGAUUUCUCCAAGGGUCCCAUUCGCUGUGAUCGCUGCGGCUAUAAUACCAAUAGAUACGAUCACUAUACCGCCCACUUGAAACACCACACAAGAGCUGGGGAUAAUGAGCGCGUGUACAAGUGCAUCAUCUGCACCUACACCACAGUAAGCGAGUAUCACUGGAGGAAACACUUGAGAAACCAUUUUCCAAGGAAAGUGUACACAUGUGGAAAAUGCAACUAUUUCUCAGACCGGAAGAACAAUUACGUUCAACACGUUAGAACGCAUACAGGAGAACGCCCAUAUAAAUGUGAACUUUGUCAUUAUUCAAGUUCUCAGAAGACUCAUCUAACUAGACAUAUGCGUACUCAUUCAGGUGAGAAGCCAUUUAAAUGUGAUCAGUGCAGUUAUGUGGCCUCUAACCAGCACGAAGUAACCCGUCACGCGAGACAGGUUCACAAUGGUCCUAAACCUCUUAACUGCCCACACUGUGACUACAAAACAGCAGAUAGAAGUAACUUUAAAAAACACGUCGAGCUCCACGUUAAUCCACGCCAGUUCAAUUGCCCCGUCUGUGACUACGCGGCUUCCAAGAAGUGUAACCUGCAGUAUCAUUUCAAAUCUAAGCAUCCUACUUGUCCCAACAAGACCAUGGACGUUUCGAAAGUGAAGCUCAAGAAAACCAAAAAGAGGGAGGCGGACCUGCCUGGUAAUAACAACAGCAACAGCAGCGAGAAACCAGAACUGGAGCCAUCAAAAAUAAAAGGGGAUGUGGCUGGGAAGAAAAACGAGAAGUCUGUGAAAGUUGAGAAGAAGGAUGUUGCGAAAGAGAAAAAAGCCUCGAGUAAUGCCUCCAGCCAAGUGACCACGCGAACUCGCAAGUCAGCCCUGGAGAUGAAAGGGACAGCGCCGCAUCCAGGGAGUCACCAUCCAGCGAGUCACUCAGAAAAGGGUGGCAAGGCCAAGAAGAACAAAAGGAAGGCGGAAGCCGAACCCCAUUCCUCAAAAGAGUCGGUUGCCCACGACGAACCUGCAGCGAAAAAGAAAAAGAAGGCCGAGAGCAAAUCCAAAACGAGUCAGGAUGUGCCAAAGGGUGCCAGCAAGGUAGAGGAGACGAAGAAGCAGAAUGGUUGCCUGAAAAGAAGUUCCAAGAAGAAAACGCUGAGAAGUAAAGCCAGUAGGAAGGGGAGCAAGUCUGUGCCUAAGGGGCACGUUCAGAAAGAGAUGCCACCGCCAGACAAAGAGCCAGCUCGGAAGGAAUCGCCUCUUAGGACAGCACCCUCAUCUUCACCUUUGUCUUCGAGGUCCUCCACUCCGACCCCGACUUCCCCAACUCGGCCGCAGCCGCCCACGGAGCCUCUGCCUCAGCCUGGGCUGGCCCUGUCGCCACCGUCACUGCCCGCGCCCACUCCCAUGGAUGUUGUUUCGGAGGCCUCCACCGAGGAGGAGCCUCCCCCCAAGGAGCCUGUAUCCAAAGAGUCUCGGGAAGAGAAUACAAAGGGUAAGUUGAAUGAACAGUGUAAGAUGACUCAGAAGGAGCAGGUCCUCAUUGAGGUGGGCUUAGUGCCCGUGAAGGAAAGCACCAGCACGCUCGAUGUCCCAUCACCCAUGAAGGGAGUCGAGGCUGAGGCCGAGGCUGAGGCUGAGGUCCAGUCUGACUCCGAUGCCUCGGGAGACCUGAAAUCACUCCCUCAGGGCCAGGGCAGCGCCGAGACUUUGGAGCCUCUUGUGGAAGACACGGAAGCACUGGAGGAGGUGGAGACCAGUGAGCCGAGGCUGGCAGCUGAGUUUCCUGGUGCUCUGCCAGAAUCUACCCCCAUUUUACCCCCAGAACAAAACUCGAACAUGCCAGAGUGCGAAAUUCGAGAUGAGAAGCCCGGGGCUGCCACCGAGCCUUGUGACAUGGAAGUGGAUGUUGAGGAGGGCCAAGCCCAGGACCUCCCCGGUGAUGGUAAUGGUGACAGUAAUGGUGAUGGUGACGGUGACGGUGACAAUGCAGCAAUCUUCACCACCACUGCCCCUGCCCCGGAAUCCAUCUCACCACCGCCGCUGUCGCCCGGGCCCGAAGAGAAAGGUGAAGCCGGGUCCCAGGCGGCUGUGGCGCCCCUGCCUGCCAGUACAGCUUCCACCGAGUCUCAGGAAAUGGACGAGGACGAGGGCAUCCACAGCCAUGACGGGAGCGACCUCAGUGACAACAUGUCCGAGGGCAGCGAUGACUCGGGAUUGAACGGGGCUCGAUCAGCGCCGCAGGACGCGACCAAGAAGAACACCAAGGACGCCUCGGCUGGCAAAGCGGCCCAGGGAGAUUUUGUUUGCAUCUUCUGUGAUCGUUCUUUUAGGAAGGAGAAAGAUUACAGCAAACACCUCAAUCGCCAUUUGGUCAACGUGUAUUUCCUAGAAAAGGCAGCUAAGGGGCAGGAGUGAUCAAACUUUGGACAAGGCUUUUAUAGCUUUUACUCUGUGAGAUCUAUUGUAUUUUAUAUUCAUUUACGGUAGUAGACGGUCUUUUGAUUUUUUUUUUAAAUCGCUUUAAUUCGUGGCUGGUGUUGAUUUUUUUUUAAGUAGUGCUCUUUUG